AUGUUGUUUAAUUCCACACUCUCAUCAAUCCAUCAGAAUAUGCACUUCAUAUUUUAUAAUAAGUAGGAUAACAUUUCAAAUCGUUUACAUUUAGUCAAACUAUUACUGAAUUUUUAGAUGUAUUAUAGCUUUGUAAAUAUAGAUUGAAUGAAGAUAGCAAUUUCUAACAACUUAGAUUAUAGUGUCCAGGAAUUCCAUUAAUUUAAUUAUAAAUAACAGAUUAUGCCACUAGUCCAAAAGAAUAAUUAAAUUUUUCAUAUGUUGAAAAUAAUAAAUUUAAAUUAAAAACAAUUCAAAAAAAUCUAAUAAUACUAAUUUAGCCUCAAAAUCAAAUCGAAUUCAAAAUUAACACCAAUAAAGUAACAUACCAAUGAUUAAUCAAAAGAAAGAUAGAAAUAAUGAAAGUAUAUCACAAAAAAGAGAGAAAAAAAGUUUAUAAUAAAAAAGAGAUAAUCUAAUGAUUCAAGAAAUUAACUAUAUGGAUAAAGGAAUAUAUGUUAAUAUGGAAUUUUAAUCAAAUCAGUUUAAAAAUAAUGCAAAUGUAUAAUUGAGAGACAUUGAAGAGUUUUCACCUUUAUAAGAUGUGUUAAUAAUAAUGAGGAAUGAAGGAGAUUCAAGUGCUUCUUCAAUAACUAAACGGAAGAGUAUGAGUUAAAAUAAUAAGAAAUAACAAUUAAAUAUUCCUAAUUAAUUUAUAAAUAAUCAAACUUAACUUUAUAUUAGGCAUCCAAAUUAAAAUCCUAAAAUAAGACAACUUUUUCAGAUCAACAGUAAAUUUAAUAAAAUGGAAAUUUAGGAUUGGGGUUGUUACCUACAAGUGCAUUUUCAUUUUAUUAAGAAUUGUUUAAAGAGAAGCAAAAAUUGCAAUUAAAAAUUAUACAACAAUUAAGGAUUAAGGAAUAUAAAAUAGUUACAAAAGAAAAAUAGAGGGUAAACAUUUACAAAUUCCAAUAUAUUAAAAAUGAAUAUCUAAUAAACUUAUAAUAUCAUUUAAAGAUUUGGUUAAUAGCCAUAACUACCAACACUCCAUUUACCAUAUUCUUUGACUUCAGGAGCUUUUUCUGA